AGAAUUAGCUUUAUACUUAAAUUAAAAAUUAAAAAUCGAAAAUUCUUGCUAUUGGUUUCAAGUUGCUAUUGGUAAUAAUAUUCUGUUCAAAAAGUGUUUAAUAUUCAUUAAAAUACUUACGCAAUAUUUUGUUAGAUUGUGUUAUAACCUUGACAUUUAUUAUCAUUUACAAAAAAUAUCAUUUAAAAGUUAUUAAAAUUAGUAUGACAUACUAAAACUAACGAGAACAUUAUAGAAAUGACUACAAUUAUGAAGCUAUCAAAAUUUAAUAUUGUGCCAGCUAUAAAAAAACAUACUGCUACUUUAUUUUUCUUUCACGGUUCUGGAGAUUCUGGAGACAAUGUGAAGGCAUGGAUUGAUUUACUAUGCAGAAAAGAAUUAAAGUUCCCUCAUAUAAAAAUAGUUUAUCCUACUGCACCUGCUCAACCUUAUACGCCAAAUAAUGGAAUGCUUAGCAAUGUAUGGUUUAAUCGUAAAGAUAUUUCAAAUAAUGUUACUGAAGAAGAACAGUCCAUCAAAUUAAUUUGUCAUACCGUGAUGGAGUUAAUAAAUGCAGAACAUUCUAAUGGAAUCCCAUAUAAUAGAAUAAUUGUAGGUGGUUUUUCAAUGGGUGGAGCAUUGUCAUUAUAUUUAGCAUAUAAAUUUAAUUUAUCGUUAGGUGGUUGUGUUGCAAUGUCGUCAUUUCUUAACAAAAAUUCAUUAGUAUAUCAGCAUUUAGAAAAUAAUAAACCAAAUAAGAUGCCACCACUUUUGCAAUUUCAUGGUUGUUCGGAUACACUAGUUCCAAUUCAAUGGGGGGAAGAAACUUAUAACAAUCUUAAAAAGCUUGGUGUAAAUGCAACAUUUGUUCCAUUACAGAGAACAGAGCAUGAAUUAAUUGAAACAGAAAUUCAACAUUUUAUAUGUUGGGUUAAUAAUAUUGUAAAAGAACAAUAA